GUCAGGGCAGGAUGACACAGAACACACAGGAAGUUCAAGGGAACACAUUAUAAGAUUAUGAACACCUGGACUGGGGAGGCCACGGCCUUCUGCUGGACCCUGAACGGCUCCCACAAAGGGAGUUGAGGUCUCUAUUGACUCCUGAAAGGCCAGGCAAGGCAGAGCUGGGAGCUGCCUUGGUGGGGGUGCAGGUGGCUGGUUGCUAUUGCUGGGUGAGAAGGCUUGGGGUCAAAAGAGGUGGGGGUCAGGGAGCUAGGUCUGACCUCAUCCCCCCUCCUUUCUUCCUGUCCUCCUAUCCCCAACGUGUUUUCCUCCCCCUUCUCCCCUCCUUCCUUACCCAUCCUCUCUCUUGAUCUCUCCAUACUUCCUCUCCACUCCUUCCCUUUCCUCCUCCUCGCCAUCCCAACCCCUCAUCCUCCCCGUCUCUGCCUGUAGGGAGGAAGUUGUGGGGUGACCCAGGUGGAAGGCAGACAGGCUAAGGGAGAGGUGUCUGCAGUAGCAGGGAUGAGGUGCCUGUGUCCAGCACUCUGCCCUGGCCUCUGACACUGGUUCCUGGGCCAGGGACAUCAGGUGGGGCUCCUUUGCCCUUCUUCCCUUACAAGGUCUCUGCUCUGCGCACCCUCAGUGCCUGCAGUGCCCAGGCUGGGUCCCAGGCUGGGAGGCAGGCUCAGGAAGCUCGGGUAGGAGGGUCUAGGGUCUCCUGCUCAGACCUUGGUGAGCCCAGCUGGGGCGGAGGGCUGCAGGAGUCCGAGCCUGCCUGGAUUCCUGUCCCCUCUCGGCUCCUGAGGUCAGGGGGCUCACCCUCGAGCUUUGCCUGGAGAGCGUGUUUGUGCAUGUGUGUGUCCUCUGGCUGUCGGAGGGCCUUGGUCUGUGUCUGCCUGUUCCCACAGGUGUCCAUGCACACUCUAGGUCUACCCAUGUGCCUGUGUGCACCUUGGCGUCAUCUUGCAUGUGUGUGGCCCGUGUGUUUGUGCAUCCCUGUGAGUGUCUGCAUUUCUGAGUGUGUACCCAUGUCUCUGUGUGUUCACCCGUAUGCCUGUCUGGGCAUCUGUGUGUGUGUUUCCAGGAAUGUGUGUCCCCAUGUGUCCCUUGAGUGUCUCUGUUGACGUGCCCCGUGCCUUCACACGUGUCCCUGAGUCUUGGUUGCCGUGAAGAUGCAGGGAGAAAUCCUGGGGGACAGCGAGGGAUGCUGGGUCCUGGGGCAUCUGCCUGUUCCAUCCUCUCCUGAUUUGCCAGGUAUCCUAGCAACGCUGCUGCCAGUUGCCUAGCAACCAGGUCCCCACUCUUGGAGAAGGUGCUCUGAGCAGGGUCUGAGCUGUGUGGGGAGAGGUCUGGUUCUCCUGCAAAGCUCGUGCAGGCAGUACGACCCCAUGACCGGGAGGGAGCUGGUGAUUCAGCUCAGGGGUCACCCACACGGCCUUGACCUGUGACCUUUCAUCUCAGUGGGUCAGGCAUGGGACCCCCGUGCUGAGAAGGAGGCAACUCUAAAGGAGCCAUUCAGCUGUGUGGGUGCCAGGGACCUGUCUGAGGGAGUGAUGCUCAGGCAUUGAUCUUGGACCCAGCUGUGGCAGAGGUGCCCUGGGCGUGUCUCCAAGUGACGAACAGACCUGGGUUUCAACCCUGUCUGCCACUGUGACAGGUGGCCUCACACCUCUGCGGCUUCAUGCUCUCAGCAGUCACCGGGUAUGGUGGGGUGACUGAGCUCCAGGAGCACACAGUAGGUGCUGGGCCAGUGCCGUGUCCUGGACCCAAGCAUCUUGCCUGCUUGUUUACAACGAAGCUUUGAUCUGUCGAGAGCUGGCCAGGUGGGGGCAUUUCGGUGUGCUGGGAGCCCAGCUGGGGGGUCCAGGCCAGUCUGUCCAAGGCUGUGUCUCUGUGUGAGUCGUGGUCCCCGUGUCUGUGUGUCUGAGUCUGUGAGCAUGUCUCUGUGUGUGUCUCCCUGAGGCUCCGUCCCCAGGUGUGAGUCUGUGUGUCCUUGUGUGUGUCUCUCUGUCCUGUGUCUCCAAUCCUGUGUCUGUGAACCCGUGGGCAUCUCUGUCCGUGUGUCCUGGCCUGUGCGUGUGUCUCCGUCUAGGGUCUGUGGGUCUGAGCCUCCUUUUUUUGUCUCUGUAUGUGUGUCCUGGUCUGUGUGUCUGUCCCCGUCCAGUGUGGGGCCGGCGCAGCCCUGGGUGCGGUGACCCACCUUCCCGCAGCCCCCCCCUCCUCCAGCCUGCGUAGCCCCUCCCUUUCUGGAGCUGCAGCCUCCUCCCCCUCCCCCCCAGCUUCGGGCUGCCGGCUCACUUGGCUGCUGCGUCUGGUCUGGCGUCUGCUGAGAAGAUCCUGUACUGAGGCGAGUGGCGGCGGGGCCGCUUCUCCCCUGCUCUGCACCUGUGCUCGACUGCUGGCCGGCUGAGGGUGGGGGUCUCCACGGUGGUCCCAGCUCCCAAGGAGGUUGCAGAGGUACUGCACUGAGUGGAUUUGCAGGGCAGUGGCAUGGAGCCCCUCUUCCCUGCCCCGCUCUGGGAGGUGAUCUACGGCAGCCACCUGCAGGGCAACCUGUCCGUCCUGAGCCCCAACCACAGUCUGCUGCCUCCGCAUCUGCUGCUCAAUGCCAGCCACGGCGCCUUCCUGCCCCUCGGGCUCAAGGUCACCAUCGUGGGUCUGUACCUGGCCGUGUGUGUCGGAGGGCUCCUGGGGAACUGCCUUGUCAUGUACGUCAUCCUCAGGCACACCAAAAUGAAGACAGCCACCAACAUUUACAUCUUUAACCUGGCCCUGGCCGACACUCUGGUCCUGCUGACACUGCCCUUCCAGGGCACAGACAUCCUCCUGGGCUUCUGGCCGUUUGGGAAUGCCCUGUGCAAGACAGUCAUUGCCAUUGACUACUACAACAUGUUCACCAGCACCUUCACCCUGACUGCCAUGAGUGUGGAUCGCUAUGUGGCCAUCUGCCACCCCAUCCGUGCCCUCGACGUCCGCACAUCCAGCAAAGCCCAGGCUGUCAAUGUGGCCAUCUGGGCCCUGGCCUCUGCUGUGGGUGUUCCUGUUGCCAUCAUGGGCUCGGCACAGGUCGAGGAUGAAGAGAUCGAGUGCCUGGUGGAGAUCCCUACCCCUCAGGACUACUGGGGCCCUGUGUUUGCCAUCUGCAUCUUCCUCUUCUCCUUCAUCAUCCCUGUGCUCAUCAUCUCUGUCUGCUACAGCCUCAUGAUCCGGCGGCUCCGUGGAGUCCGCCUGCUCUCAGGCUCCCGAGAGAAGGACCGGAACUUGCGGCGCAUCACUCGGCUGGUGCUGGUGGUGGUGGCUGUGUUCGUGGGCUGCUGGACGCCUGUCCAGGUCUUCGUGCUGGUCCAAGGGCUGGGAGUUCAGCCGGGCAGCGAGACUGCCGUGGCCAUUCUGCGCUUCUGCACAGCCCUGGGCUACGUCAACAGCUGCCUCAACCCCAUCCUCUAUGCCUUCCUGGAUGAGAACUUCAAGGCCUGCUUCCGCAAGUUCUGCUGUGCAUCUGCCCUGCGCCGGGACGUGCAGGUGUCUGACCGUGUGCGCAGCAUUGCCAAGGAUGUGGCCCUGGCCUGCAAGACCUCUGAGACGGUACCACGGCCCGCAUGACUAGGCGUGGACCUGCCCAUGGUGCCUGUCAGCCCGCAGAGCCCAUCUACGCCCAACACGGAGCUCACACAGGUCACUGCUCUCUAGGCUGACACCCUGAACCCUGAGCAUCCAGAGCCUGGGAUGGGCUUUUCCCUGUGGGCCAGGGAUGCUCGGUCCCAGAGGAGGACCUAGUGACAUCAUGGGACAGGUGAAAGCAUUGGGGCCACCUCCAUGGCCCCAGACAGACUAAAGCUGCCCUCCUGGUGCAGGGCUGAGGGGACACAAGGACCCACCUGGAAGCAGCUGCCGUGCUGGUGGAUGGCUGUGACUGGAGCCCGUGCCCCUGCCUCCCCGCGCUUCACCUGACUCUUGGCCUCUCUGCUGCUGCAUUGGCAGAACCCUGGGUGGGCACGCACCCGGAGGAGGAGCAGCAGCUGUGUCAUCCUGUGCACCCCGUGUGCUGUGUGCUGUUUGCAUGGCAGGGCUCCAGCUGCCUUCAGCCCUGUGACGUCUCCUCAGGGCAGCUGGACAGGCUUGGCGCUGCCCGGGAAGUGCAGCAGGCACUUUUCUUUGGGGUGGGACUUGCCCUGAGCUUGGAGCUGCCACCUGGAGGACUUGCCUGUUCUGACUCCACCUGUGCAGCCAGGGCCACCCCGGGAACUGCAGACCGUGAGCUGGUCCUGGGCCAGCCGCACCUCUGAAGGUUUUCUGUGUGCUGCGCUGUGCAGGCCUCAUCCCUGACUGCAGCUGGACUGUGGGCCCAACCCCCAUUUCCCUUCAGGAGACCAACGAGAGGCCCUGGCCCAUUCCCCCCAGCGGUGCAAUGAACUAUCAUGCUGUGGACCGUCAGCUGAGCUCUGCUUCUCGGUGUGUGGCAGCUGUCUCGGGAGGAAGGAGCUGCGUGACCACAUGGGCAGCUCUGUUGUUCACAAAGUGGAGGCCUCGUUUUCCUGGUCUUGACUGCUCUGUUUGGGAGGGAGAAGAUUCUCUGGGGGUCCCCACACCCUCCCAGGGCUCCCCUCACAGCCUGUCCUUUGCUUGAAGCCAGAGGUCAGUGGCCGUGCUCUGUUGCGGGGGAAGCUGUGUGGAAGGAGAAGCUGGUGGCCACAGCGGAGUCCUGCUCUGGUGACGCCUGCUUCAUUUACUGGCUCUGCGUAGGGCCUGAGCUUGCUGCCCAACGGGAGGAUGGCUUCACAGCAGAGCCAGCAUGAGGGGUGGGGCUUGGCAGGGCUUGCUUGAGCCAAAUGGCAAAGGCUGUGGUGGCUGUGAGGACACUGCGGCGGUGGGGGGGCCUCUGUACCUCAGGGGAUGCCCCGCUGUGGUCACCCAAUCACUCUUCCUGGUCUACAGAUGGAAGCUGCAGGCUGGUGACUUUGCAAACGCACUUCUUACGGAUGAACUAUUAAAAGACCUGUAACAUUGAAAAAACUCAUUUUUUCCACCAAGACCUUGGCCAGGUAACCUACCUUAGGCGCCUGCAAAGAACAGGAAGUGAUGGCUGUGUCCCAACAGAGCCUGGGCUGCUCCUCCAGCUCUGGGGAGUCUAGGCCGUGGGGACUGUUCUGGGGAGGCCCAUGCUGUCUCCAUGACGUCUGUGUCAGGAGUCUCUGAGGUCGGGAGCUGCCUAGCUACAGUUUUCUUACCAAGGUUAAGUGUUUUGUGAAUCUGUGCUGAUGUAAUGUGCAUCUUCACGUAUUUAUGCAUGUGGCAAGCGUUACUUCCUGUGCAUGUAGCCAGCCCUGGGUCUGUCUCUGGGGUAAUGAAAAAGGACCGUAAUAAGCA